AUGAGGAAACUCAAACUCGUUGAGCCUGUCGUGAUUGGCAGACCCAAGGCCAAUGCGGGAGCGCUCGGGGUAGGUUUUGGUGGUGACCAUGAAGAGGGUGUGCACACGGAGAGGGAGAUACGCACAAGAGGGAGAAGCUGGCUGGUGGUGCUGAAGAUGGCGGAUGGUGACAGUGGGAGUGAGCGCGGUGGGAGCAGCGGCGGAGGGGGAGGUGGGAGCGGGUUCCAGCCCUUCCAGAGAGAGCAGGAGACGCAGGAGCUGGCGUCCAAGCGGCUGGACAUCCAGAACAAGCGCUUCUACCUGGACGUCAAGCAAAACAACAAGGGCAGGUUCAUCAAAAUCGCCGAGGUGGGGGCCGGGGGCUCCAAAAGUCGCCUGACCCUGUCCAUGUCAGUUGCGGCGGAGUUUCGCGAUUACCUGGGGGAUUUCAUAGAACACUACGCCCAACUGGGGCCUAGCAGCCCGGAGCAGAUCGCCCAGUCCUCGGUCGGAGAGGACGGCGGGCCCAGGCGAGCCCUGAAGAGCGAGUUCUUGGUCCGGGAGAACCGUAAAUACUACCUCGAUCUGAAGGAGAACCAGCGGGGGAGGUUCCUGCGGAUCCGACAGACCGUCAACCGAGGGCCCGGGUUCGGAGUAGGUGGGCCGGGAGGAGGCAUGCAGGCCGGCCAGACCAUAGCCCUUCCGGCCCAAGGCUUAAUAGAGUUUAGAGACGCCCUUGCAAAGCUUGUAGAUGAUUAUGGUGGAGACGAAGAGGAAUUGGCCUGUGGAACAGCGGUUGGGGGCUAUGGGGAGCUUCCUGAGGGCACAUCCAUCAUGGUGGACUCUAAACGGUUCUUUUUCGACGUCGGGUCCAACAAAUACGGCGUGUUCCUGCGAGUGAGCGAGGUCAAACCGAGCUACAGGAACUCUAUCACCAUCCCGUUCAAAGCGUGGGGAAAGUUCGGAGGGGCUUUCAGCCGCUAUGCCGAGGAAAUGAAAGAGAUCCAGGAGCGACAGCGGGAUAAAAUGUACGAGAGGAAAGAGGAAUCGGAGGGAGAGGAGGUGGAUGAUGACUGA